AUGGCAAGCAACUCGAACAGGAUUCGUAUUCACGACAGAGAUGUUUUUGCUGCAAUAACCGAAGGUCCAGCAAAUGUAUUUUCAAGCACUCCUUUUCUUCUCGUAAAGGCCAGGUGAGAGCCAAAAUGCUAAAGAUAUUAAAGUUGUUUUCCCGCUAAUUGUAUUUUUGUGGGCUCACUGUUCAUUGAUGGUUGUAGGUAGAUCGGAGUCACCCCCUGCGGGUAGUGACCUGAACGUUGUAAGAGUCGCUAUGAAGCAUUUGGUUCAAAAAGACAAAAAUAGUGGAACAGAUUUAUAAACUACCCCGUUCGUUAUAUAAAGCAAUAUACUGUUUUAUGUAGGGGUCGAAUUUUAAUUUAAAGAUGGGCGCCUUAAGUAUGUAAAGUAGGAUUAACAGGCCUCUGCCCACAGCUCUACUAAUGGUCGAUCAAGCAAGUACCUGAUCGACCUAACAAGUGAUCUACCAGUCUAUCACAGAGUUCUUUCUUCCAAAUAGGUUACAGAGGCUUAGCUUACAGUCCAAACAAAUAUUUAUUUGUCUCCAAGUUGAGUUUUACUGUCAACAUAAUUGCGAAGCUCUCGAGCUCUGUCUUGGAUAUACUUACACGGUUUUGCGCUGGAUUAGUAAAAGUAUUUCCGCCAGCAGCUUAGUAUUUCGCCUUCACUCUUUAAGAAUCGGUCGAUUGGGAAAGGAAUAGUAAAUGUACCAUUUUAUAUCGAAAUCUACUUCAAUACAGCUGACUUUCUUCAAAUAGUAAACUUCUUUGACUUGUAUACUUUAUUUAUUUUUCCAAGGCUAAUUGUAUUCAAUUCAAUCGGAUAAAAUUUCACAAACAUUUUAUUUAUAUUCUUGCUUAUAUCUGAACUCAUUUCAGUUUUUGAGCAAGACUUUGCCUAUGUAACUAUUAAUAUUGAUUUCUAUGCCUAUAAAUAAUUUUGUCUAAUAUGAGGUUAUUCAACACCCAUGCAAGGGGAUAAGUGUGCUCUAGAAAAGAAACAUAUUUUUUUAUCUCUGCCGUUGAAAGUCUUGAAAAUUAUCUUAAUUUACAUAUGUGAUUUUUUACGCUGAACAUUUAAAAAUUGUCUUCGAAUGUGUUGAAUGCUGUUGUUUGAUAACAACUUAGUAACCAGGCCAUGUAGGUGAAACGAAACGCUCAGUUCAUAAACAGCUCUGAUAAUUGUCAAUGAGCUAUGAUUGGAGUCAAAAAUCCCUGUCUGCCUAACUCCUAAUUGUUGAAACUGGUUAUCUUAAAAUGGAAAUAAGAGGCAAGAGACUGUGUUACAGACCUUUCUUUAAAUAUUCAUAAAAAUUAGCCCUUUUGGCUCUGACAACGUGUCUAGAAGCAUUGUGUAGUAAGCUAAAUCAUAUGCACAUUUCAAAUGGUUUUUACUUAUGGAGUGUUAGAGACAUAGAUGACAUCACCAUUAGCAACAUUUUGCCUUCUUUGUUAUAUAUAAAGCAAAUAGAUUCCAUGCUGCUAUGGGUUGGUUCAGUAAUACAUCAAAGAAGACAUCAAAAUGUAGUAAAAACCCUUUAACUCUCAAGAUUUGAUUGUCAAUUCUCCCCUGUAGCUGCUGCACAUUUCCUUGUAAAUUAGUUAUAAGAACUUUGUGCUUGAUCAAGAUAGCAGCUUCUACAUGAUAAGUUUGAAUAUUUUUAUAACUUGUUUGCUGAAGAAUGUAUGUAUAUUGUAGGGAGAAGUUUUAUGUUAAUCACUUCUGGGAGUUAAGUUUUAUCAACUGAGUUGAUAACAUAAAUUGGCCAUUGUAAAGAGUUUCAAAACUGACAUAUUGAGCAUUAGUCCUUCAUCCUUUAAAUCCAACAACAGGCUAAUGACAUUUUGACAUCAUCUGUGAUCUUUUAGUGGACAGAUGUGAAGCACAAAAAGGGUUAUUUGAAUGAGCAUUUGGGAAUUAUUAUUAUGCUGACCAUGUCAAAUGUGACCAGGCUAGUAAACAAUGUUCACUACAUGCCAUCUGUGGUUAAAUUUCCCAACGAGGUUUUGACAAAUUAUAUCUCAUUUUUAUUGCUUUGCUUUAAUUAUAUCUUAGCACACCUUAUGAUGAUCAACUCCAAUAUAUUUUUUUUUUCAGGUGGCUUGCAGAUGACUCAACCCAAGUCUGUCCACUUUGCUCUCAGAAGUUUACACAAAUCCGGAGAAAACAUCACUGUAGGCAGUGUGGAAAAGUUCUCUGUAGCAAGUGUUGCAAUGAGAAGGUGACUCAGUUAACUGUUAACUUCACCCCUGUUAUCAUAUAAUGCCUUCUUGGAGUGCCUUCCUUGUCGAUUAAAUACCCUUCAUUCUCAGUUACAUUACAGUGUGGUUGGCAUGGAAAUGUUGUUUUAAAAUUGUGUUCAUCUCCAAGUUAGAUUUAGUAUAAUUUGUUUUAAGUCUCCAGUUCUUCAUAUCAUGGUAAAUUAACCCUGUGAUUCCCAUAACUGAUUAAAUUGUAACUUCUCCCUGUAAUAUCCAUACAAUAUCUAGCAAACAGGUGACGAGAAUAUACUCAAACUUAUCAGGUAGAUGUUUUGUUCAUUAAAUGCCAAAUUCUUGUCACUAGUUUACAAGGAAAUGUGUAUAAGCAAGAAAGGAGACUAAAUGAUCAGAUCUUGGGAAUUAAAGGGUUAAGAUAUUAUUGGGUAGUGUGUAGGGUAAGGGUAAGGUGUAGUGAACACACCAAUAAAUUCUCAAAUUUUAAUUACAUAACCAGUGGUAUCUGAAAUACAUGAAGUAUUACACAUAAUAGUAAUUUACAAUGAGAACAAAUAAGGUAAAUGAAAAUCAAACAAUGAAAGGGAAGCAAGAACUUACCUGACAGUUAGGAGACAUGUACUAAAUGACACCCAAGGAUUAAGGAUAAUUAGUGCGAAAACUAUUUGAAUAAGGUGAUGUUGUGCAGAGGUUGGGGACCAGCUAACAGCUCAAUGACAUCACAACACUAGGGGUUUCCAUAACUUUUUCAGAAGUGGCUGCCCAUGGUAUAAUAGUCGACUGUGCCAAAAAGGGGGCUGUAAAGUGAAACCCAAUGGCCAUUUCAUAGUCUAAUCAGAGUAAGGCUGGGGUAGACUGCUGUUGACAGCUUUUACCGAAACUCAAGGUUCUAACUUUUCAAUUGUGUGCUUGUAAAAUAUUCAUUUGCCAAAUUUGCUAUCUUCAUGCAGCCAUAUAAAAUUUAAAUUUGUUUUGUUAAGUUCCCCUUCCACAACUUGAACAUGUUGGCAUGUACAAUAUUAAUCUGAAAUUUACUGUCUUCAGUAUUAUGAGAUAAAAAUGUGUUUUGCUAGGUUCCUCUUCCACAACUUGGAUUUGAUGAGCCAGAGAGGAUCUGUGACUACUGUCUUGAAGUAACUUCCCUUGUCACAAAGUCAAGAUCACUUCAGAUGGUAAAAAUAAUUAAUACAACCUUGUAAUUGCAAUGCUUCUGUUGAAUGGUUUUUCUACUUCUUAUUUACUGGUCACCAAUUUAGCCUUUCAAAGCACUUUUCAAAUGAGUGUCAAAAAACGGAAACUAAAGUAAUCACAGAGGCCAAGCAGAAGAGAGGAGGAAACUGCUUAACAGCCAAAUAGAACUCAAAGUAAAAUGGACCAAACUGUUUAAUGCAGAGGGAAAUGUGGGAGAAAAGUUUUUCUUGUUUUUUUUAUUUUGUAUCUGGUUGGUUAAAGAUGUGGUGCAAGUUUUCUGGCCCAAUUAUAGAGUAAAAUAAACCAAAAAAAGGCAAUCCAAAAUUGCUUUCACAACUCAAUUGAAAACUGCUCUAUUACGAACAUUGAAUAAUGUUUCGAUGUUACAAACAGUAACCCUUGUACAAUGUAUCUGUAGACAUUCAAACUAGAAGCAGCAAAAGCUUUAACAGAGUUAUGCAAAGAUCCUGAUGGACUCACAAAGGUAAAACAUAGUUAAAUACUUUUUUUACUGUGUUGUUUUAAAAGUGUUGUUUUGUAAAUAGCUUGGUAAGUUUUGGCAAUGAUGCACAAUGGUUUGAGAAUGUCUUUUAAUUUUUCUUUAUUAAAUUAACAUGUAUUCAGUUUUAUUUCUGGUUUUUGAUUAUCCAGCCUUUCAAUUAUCCCAACUUUAAUUCAGCUUAGUCUCCAUGAGUCUGUAGUUUCCUGAAUUUGGCUGAAAGAAGAUUUUCUCCAAGAAAUCAAUAAUGGUUAGACUAAAGACUUACAUUCCAAAUCAAAUGAUAAUUUACAUUACAGCCAAUAGAUCAUAUCAUAGCAGUCUGUACUAUAGGUGUCAAAUGUUUUCAGAAGUUCUAUAAAUUACAAACUGCCAAAUUCAAAGAUCUUGAUGUUUGCUUUUUUAAUGUAGGUUGUGGAGAUGGGUGGGGUGCAGACUCUUAUAUUUCUCAGUCAAAGUGAGAAUUAUGACGUAAAAGUAAGUCUAUGGAUUUAACGGCUCUCAUAAGUUAGAUUAGUUGAAUUUUGUCCCUGUUUCCCUUUCAAGUUUUCUAGCAUGUUCACUUUUAUUUUUGCUGAUGUACUUGUAGGUACUUGCACACAUGACAUGGAUGAUUGCUGGAGUAACACUUAAUUUCUCCUUGACCAGUGUGCAUUUGAUUGCAUGUUACAAAACAGAAACCAAAGUUAUGAUAAUGGCCAAUUAGAACAAAGUUAAAUACAAGGAACCCUUGUAUUAGAACUCACAGUAAAUUAUACAGAUUUGAGUGGAAAAGUGUGGAGUUGUGUCAGUUUGUAACUGAUUGGUCAAGAGUGCUGUACAAAUUUGUGUAGCUCAUGUUAGAGAGUGCUGCACUGCCAUGUGGGAUGGAGGGCAAUUUACCUGACAAUUUUGGAAUAUGACUGGCAAAAGAACAUACUCGUGAUUGCAUUUCAACAGGAGUUCACACCUUUCACGUGCAUGAUCUGCACAAUUGUUCACCAAAGUGGAGGCGAAUAAUUGUUUUAGUAUCUACCACACAAAAACCAAAAAAAUUACCAUUAAAUUAAUCCUAUCAACAUACCAAAAAAAUGGUUGAAAACUAAAUUGUUGAUGAGUGAUUUUGUCUCUAUGGCUGCUCAGAGGUGAAAAGUACUUGCUAAUCACUUCCUAAUUAGCCAAUCAGGGCACACAAGAAGCACUAUUCACCUGUGUGGUAUAGACUAAAUAUGGCUAAGGUCCAUGGUAACUUAGGGUGUCAAUUCUCAUUUGUUAGGCAGCUGUUGCAUCAGGACUUCAGAUCCUUUCUACUCAUCCUCCAUUGCACUUAAUGUUGGCCAAAUGUGGAGGCAUUAGAGCCUUGUGCAGGUGGGAUUAACUGUGUUUUUAUUACUACCUACACAACAAGUGCUCUUACAAUAACCACUUAUAUGUAAUAAAUAUCCUAUUGUUUUAACUGACCUUAGUGCGAUUGAAAUUUUAGAGCACACAGUGCUCUCUUGAUUUCUGUUGACUUUAUUAACACUCUUAAUUACAUCACUCCACUGUUUUGUUUAAGUUAGAGCAAAGCUCUGUAAGAUUAGCCAUGGUGUGACUUCUCCGGAAGGAUGCAGUUUUUUUUAUUAGCUGUUUCAAUAGCAGCCAGAUAGCUGGUAGAUUUGCUGGAUUGUGAUAGGCUGGAUACUCACAUGUAACCUUUACAUGUGGUUGUCAUUUUACUCCUGACAUACAAGCAGUUCUCUUCAAAUCUGUUUAAAUUGCUUGACCUCAAGGAACAACAUAGACACAAAUUUGAGGAGACAUUGAAAUACAGGAAAAUGUGGCUGCAAGAGUGUCAGUAGCACUUCAAAUUUUUACCUAGGGAACCCUGGACAGCCCUUGGAACAAGAGGCUCUCCAGGCUGUCGAAAUGUUUUGCCUGUUAUUCUAAACUACUCAUUUAUACCAAAUUGUAUCAAAACCACUGUGAUAGACUUGAUAUACCUUUCUGACUACUUCCUUGUUUUAAAAGUGUUAAAUGGGUUAUUGUUGGUUAAUAUGAAUUAAAUUAUUUUGUUUAUUGCAGCAUACUUUCCACUGUCAGUGAGAGUCAGGAGCAAACCUUGAUUGAUGGAAUCAGUGCAUUGAUGAUAUUUUGUAAAUCACCUGAAUUAAAAGCACAAGGUCAGUUUAACCAUUUGACUCCCAUGAGUGACUGAGACAGAAUUACUCUUUACAAUUUCAAGCAGACUUUUUUCUUUGUCACACACUUGUGGCAAGAAAAAAAUCUUUCUCCAGAGUUACAAUACUUUAUGAAGCUGUAGUUGUGAGUUAGCCUAUGAAAAGCUUUGUGUAAUUCACAGCAACAGACACCCACUAAUUAAAAGCACUGCUUUCUUUUUCUUCUAGCCUUAGCUGAUGGUGCAUUAGAUCCUGUGUUAACAGUGUGUGCAAUGAAAGAAGCCAUUGCCCUCCUUGCCCUAAUGACAUUGAGUCACAUUGUUGAGCAUCAUGGCAAUGUAGCUCCCCUUAUUGAGGUUUCAAUUUGUCUUUUGAGCUUCACAUGUUUGUCAUAAUUAUUUAUUAUUGAUUUUUUUACAAGCAUUAUCUAGUAUUCUAAAAAUGAUUUUUUUUUUUUACUUUUUUUUCAUUGUGCUGACAGAGCAAUCGGAAUGCCCUGCCAAGAAUUCUAGCUUUGACAAAGGCACAAGAUGAAAAGGUACAUGACUAAAGUAUUAGUGGAUUAAACAUGUGAACAGAUUUAUCUUUUUUGAUCCCAAAUUGGAACUAAUAAAACAUUUGUCUAUAUUCCCUUGAAGUCAACAGCAGCUAAAGAAUUUUUAAGUUUGUCUUUACCUUUUCAUAAGUUUCAACAAGAAUUCAGAUCAUCUUUGUUUUGGUGUUGCACUGUUACUAAUUUUGCACAGAACUUGCAGAUAGCAGUGUACGCUUUAUGUUUGUUACUUUAUGUGAUAAAAUGUAGAUGUACAUCCAUUAUAGAUUCAAGAAAUAUCCUUGAGAAUUUUGGCACAGAUGUCUGUUGGUACAGACUGGCAGAGGCAUCGCAUUGUUCAGGUGGUCUUGCCUUUUUAAAAUUUAUUUUAUUAUGUAGCUGGUAAAUAUUAGAAGCAGAUCGAUGUGCAAUUAAUAUGUGUUAAAUAUCAUGAUCAGUGCUGCCUUUUUUCUAAAUUCAAAGAAGAUUUAAUGUUGUUCUCAUACUGAAUUUUUAAACAGUGAUUGAUAAGAAUCAAUUUGUGCUUUAAAAAAUUAGUACUUAAUUUAAAAAUGAAGUUGAAUAUAAUUUUUUGGUUGUUAAUGAAUGGAGUGGACUUUGACAUUCUCUCCAAUGAACCCCCCUAGGGGGGUAAUUUUUUGAAGGCUAAAUCAGUGACUGUGACUCUCUACACAUUGACAAGGUGAUAAAACCUAGACCUUAUAGACCUUUUCUUCUGAGCCAUUUGCUUGCACAAGUGAACUAUUUACCUUUAAACUCCCCCAUAUUUAAAUAUGAAAUCCUUGUAUUCCACUGGAAAAACUUGUAACUUCAGGUUCAAAUUCCCAACCCCAUCCAGUCAGGUAAGGUUCAAAUUCCCCACCCUGGAAGAUGGUUAUGCAAAUACCCAUGGGUUGCCCAGAAGAGGGGGGCAGAGAAUGACCUUGGCUAGUGAAAUUAUAGAUUAAUUUAACCUUUUCAUUCCCAAAAUCUCAUCCCUUUCAGCAAAUCUCCUUACUGUCUGCCAUACAAUUAUUAUGAUGUUAGAUUGUAGAAUUCAUUAUUGGAUCAGCUAAUAAUCCUUAACUGAUAUUUUUAUUACUUAUCUGCUUGAUAAUGUAUUGGUAUUGUAAGGAGAAAAUUUUGUCUGUCAUUUGUCAGUUGUCAGUGUUUAAUCUGUCUCCGUCACUCAUGAAAGUUAAGUGGGUUAAGAUAAUGAUAUAAUAUACCAUUUGAUUAUUGGUAUAUUACUUGAGGCUUUCUUUGUAAGUAUAACAGAAUAAAUGUAGCAGCACUAAUUCUGUUUCCAGGAAGAUUUCUCAGCUGGUCGAUGUUUAGUUGAAGCCCUUACAAGAGGACCAAAAAAUCUACAGGUAACAAAAAUUGUAUUUGGAAGGCCUAACUCACAACUGCGCAUUGCCAGAUUUUAAUUUCUGUAAUAUUCUGACUACAAGAAUUUCCAAGUUCUACCUCAGCUUGUUGUUACAUGGCAGUCUGUGUAUUCAUGAAACAUCUAAGCUCCCAUAAGUGGUUUCCCUCUAACCUCACAUUUUGAUAUCAGUCAUGUUUUCCAUGAUUUAGUUAAUGAAAAUAUCAGUGAGAGGUAAAUUUAUUAACAAUUGAGAUGUAAUAGAAUAUUCUCUCAUGAAACCAAUUCUUGAUAAGGAGAAUUGAUAAUCAGAUCCAAUGUGUUUUUGAGAUUUUUCUUCUUUUUUUUUGUUAUGGUUUAUCAACCCAUAAAAAGCUCAGAGGAUACCUAACUCUUUAUACUUGUUAUUUCUUUCUAUCAACAAAGCUUAAAAGCAAAGUGAGAAAUCAGCAGGGCUGACACUCAAAACAUCAGCCUUAGAAAGUCUUUAGAGUGGCUAAUUUUACGAUUAACAUAUCAAAUAAUGUCUUUUUCUCAUAAGGUCCUUGUAAAUGCAUCUUGUCUGAUUGCAAAUUUGGCAACAGGGGACCAAGAUCAGGUACAGUGCCUUGACAAUGUACAUUACAUUCACAUGUUUAAGAGGAUUUCAGAAGAAUUGAUCUGGAAACUUAAAUACUUACCAGACAUCCUCCACUGUGAAUUUUGCUCUUGUUAAUAGGUCCCAGGCCCUUUCAAAGACCUGAUUUCUUAAUGUAAGCAUGAAGCUCCAUCAUGUUGCCUCUGAUAUCUGUACUUAUCUUUUCCUUCUUGAUUUUAUUUCUUAUAAAUCUUUAACUGCUUUUCCUAUGGUCCAGCACUUCUUUAAGCUUCCAAAGUAACAACAUUGUAUUAAUCAUGUGUUCUCUUGACUUCCCAUCUUAUGAAGUGUUCAAAUGGUUGACUCAAUCACAAUGUGUAGCCUUUUAAAAGGCUUAAUUGUCAGCAAACAUUUGUUUAUUUGCUUGUGUUUGUUUAUUCAGAUGUCCCUUAGGGAUUGUUUACAAGCCAUGUGUUCUCUGACGUCAUCUCACACUGGUCAUAAAGACGUCCAGGUACCCAAUGAUUAGUAGUUGAUAGCUCUUUACUGAGAAUUACCACUACCUCCAUAUUAUAAUUUGUCACUGACAGUAUAUUCUUUGACUUUUUACACCCUAGCAUCAGUAAGCAUAUUCUCCAUUCUGUUCUCUAUACAUUUCAAAAGCUGCUGACAAAGAAAACUUGUUUAACAAUCAAGAAAUUCUUUAGUUGGUGAUCAUUUUCUUUAUUCUUAUGAAUUAAAUGUUUGAUUCAGAGGUGGUACUGUGAGGAAUAACUGGAUGCUAGUCAAUCUUAAUACUUCUUUUAUGAUCUUAACUGUUUUUAACUAUGAAUUUAAAACUCUUGGCUUUUAAGAGAUUUUUGGAACAGUUCCUAAUCAUUGUCACUAUUUGAGUUAUAUUAUAACAUCAUAGUUAAAAACAGUUUACAUAUUUUCAUAGACACAUGUAUCCAGAGCCCUUGGUAACUUUUCAAAGUUUCAUCAGAAUUCAUCUAUUAUGGUAUGUCUUUAUUUUUCAAUAUGGUGCUGGACUGUAUUCAUUGGUAACUUUUCUCCAAAAUUCACUUAGUUUUUAUACAUGACUCUGUUUGCAUGAAAAUAAGAGGUUGUCAUUUUUUCUUUUGUAAUAAUUUAUCUCUUUUUUCUUUUAGAUACAAUAUCUGCCAAGAAUUAUAGAGACACACCUGAAGGUACUUGUAAAUCUAAAAGUGGAGGGAGCUAUACAUUUCUGACUGAGGGCAGAUAACUAUAAUCAACCUAUUGAAAGGUUCCAUUACUGGUCCAUUAAGGGCUGAUAUUUUGGCACUAUUGGACUAAGCAUUCUCCCAAGUGAUUCCACUUCCUUCAGGGGAGGAGUUUUGCCAUUUCAGACAAGAUUGAAGUCUGUAGGGAUGACAUUCUUUGGAGAAAUUGCACUUAGCCAAAACUCCAUCACCAAUUGCCAUUAUAGUGUCAUGUUCUCACCUAGAGCUGAGAGAAAUUGAAAGAUGUUGAAUUGAAAGAUUGUUCUCAUGAAAUCUUUAAGUAAUGAGUAUCAAGCAAAUAUGUUGGGUGAGCCCACCUGAUCUUCAAACACACUUCACAGUGGGGCGUGUAUGCAGACAUGCAAAAUAGUUAUUGUUUGAUUAAUUUUUGUUGUUAAUCAUCAUUUCCAAGAAAUACCUGGAAGCAGCUUUCAUUUUGCUAUAACUUUGAAAUGAAUCACUAAAUGGUAAAUUUACCAGUUGGAUAAUGAAUUACUUACAGUAAAGAAGCUGAUGAUCAUUGUAAGUCUAUUGCAAAAUUUUGGGUUUGGCUUUUGAGUUCCAGAAGAGCUUGUAAAUCUUACAAAAGCAGGAAGACAAAACAGCAAAAAGUUGAGAAACCAAAGGCAGUCUCUAGUCAUCUAAUAAAUCUUUUACGAAACAAAUGUGCUAAGUACCAUACUGGUGGAAUAUUGGCUCUUGGUUCCUUAUUCCCUAAGAAUUUUUUUCCAAUUUAUUGUGGACCCUACCAUCCUUACUCACUUUUUGAAUGGUCUCUUGACUGAAAUCAAAGUGUAGGCCACAGAAAAUUUUUGAUGUAGCAACUUGCUUUUGUAGUCAACAGACAAGACGAUCAAGUGUCAUGGCCUAAGGACUGUCAUGUAUCUUCUCAGCCAUCAAAGAGAAAAGGCUGUAGAUGUUCUGAUAAGGUAUGAAAAGAAACUGAACUAGGCAUAUUGAAAGAGGAGUAAGCAUUCAAAACAUUACCAUAAAAUAGUGUCCUUUGCCAUUAUAAAUUAAAUAAAAGGUGGUGAUGAGAAUUGGUGUACAUGCAUGUUUCUUAGGGCAGCUACUCUAGGAAACCUUUAACUGCUAAGAUCAAAAUAUCAACUCUUUGUACUAUUCUUUAUAGUUACAUGGUUUACAAUUUUAGCUCUUAUAAUUUGAUGUUAUAUCAAACAAUAUCCCCAAAUUUAACCCUUUAACUCCCAUAAGUGACCAAAAGAGAAUUUCUCCUUACAAUAUCAAUAUCAACCAGAUAAGAGAUGAGAAUAAAGACAAAUAUCAAUUUGGGGAUAAUUAGUUGAUCCAAUGCUAAAUUCUCUGAACUAACAUUAUGAGAAUUGUAUGGUUGACAGUAAGGAGAAUGACAAAUUUGAUCUGGGAGUUAAAGAGUGAAUGUUUUUCUUUCUUUUCAUCUCCUUUUUACUUGUAAAUGUUACAAUAUUGAAUGGAAAAUUUUCUUUCUGAUCACUCCUUGGAGUGGAAGGGUCAAUGCAAUGCAUUCAUAUAGUAUUACAUAAUUGCAAGUAUAAUUAUUGUACUGUGCAAAAGCAGGCAAGCCCCUUAAUUCCCCACCCUAGUUUUUUUUAACUCAUCAGCUGUUUUGAUCACUUUUAUUUACUAGCCUGGUGCUGGAUGCCAAAUGCAUGGUCAUUUAAAAUACAUGCUACAAACUAAAUUAUGAUUUGCACCUCACUGGUAAAGAAGUUAUAUAUAAAAACCCAGUGACAAUAUAACGAGGAAUCAUGCUUUUACCAAUUGGUACAUUUAAUUUGUUUUAUUAGUCAAAGCUCUUUGAUAAUAAUGUUAAGUCAAAUUGAUAUAAGAAAAACAAAGGCUGUGCUUUCUCUGCUUGAGAUUGCCACUGUUGUGAAGGACAUUUAAGCAAAGUUUUUUAAUUGUGUGUGUCCGUUAAUUACGUAACCGUAUUUAUUUGAUUAAACACCGCCCUCAAAUAAAUACUGCAUUUCAGUGCAGAAAUAUUGAUAAACACUGUCCUUGAAUGAAUGCCACAGCAUGAGGCUAUGUUUAUUCAAAUAAUAGACUCAAAAAGCACACAGCAAUCAUUGCUUCAAUCACAGUUGGAAAUUUUAAGAGAACCAGACACAAAUUUUUUUUGUAGUUCUGAUGUCGAGAAAGUGUAUCCAACAUAAGGUCUUUAUUCACUUUAUGUAUUGACAUCCAAAUUGUGAAAUUGAGAACAAUAUAAGAAAUGACUUUUUAGACAAGCACUAAAACACGUUUCUGUUUUUUUAAGUUAAAAUGGUCAGUUACCAUACUAUUGUUUGCAAGAAAUAAAUUGGAUUUUAAAUGCCACCUCAUACAUACCCCUCCCUUGAAUAAAUGCUGCACUUGAAUCACAGAAAAUUUGAUAAACGCUGCAGCAUUUAAUCAAAUAAAUGCAGUAGUUAUGUCAUGUUUGGACUGCAUUAUCUUAGAAAGAAAUUACAGGAAUUACUGUAGAGUAACUUGUCAUAUCAACAAUGAUCAGAUGCUUAUUGGGCUUUCAUGGACUUCAACAUUGCAUUUUUAUAAAUGUUAUCACAUUCAUAUAAAUCGUCAUUAAAGAUUGGGACAUUUUUAUUAGCUAUGUUCUAAAACUUUAAUGUUUAUCAACUAACAUAUUUACCAACAGUUCCAGUUAUCAGGGUAAAUUUGAAGCAAGAGAAAGUAAAAUUAGUCCAAAUUAAUGGGAAGUUUGAGCUAAUCGGGAGUUCAAGUUAGCUGAUUGUAAAUGAUUUACUGAAACAAUAAGGUCAAAUCCAGAGUAAAUCUGAUUUUGUUCAAGUUAGUAGGGAGUCAAGUAAACAGAGUUUGAGUUAAGGGGGUAAUUUUUUAAAGAAACUGUGGUACUGUGUGGGUGGGAAAGCAUAACAGAGUAAUUAAGUAUUAUCAACUGAUUUGAUAAGUGAAAUGUAAAUUGGCCACCGUAAAGAGUUUCAAAGCUGACGUUUCAAGCGUUAGCCCUUCGUCAUUCACUCUGACAAAGGGCUAACGCUUGAAAUGUCAGCUUUGAAACUCUUUAUGGAGGCCAAUUUAUGUUAUCAACUCAGUAGGUAAUACUAAAUUACCCUGAGUUUGAGGUAGCAGUGUUCUACUCUAUUCACAUAGAUUGUGAUGUCUACUUAGUUUGUGUUGAUGGAUCAUGACAACUUUGUCCCACAAUUGUUUUCUUUUUUCUGCUAUUCAUGUUCACUUCAGGGAAGGAGCUCAUGAAGUCCUUACAAGUUUAGGAUCAUUUCCUGGCAUUGUUGAUGCAAUUCAAACUGGUUUGCUUAAAGUAGUCACCACCAUUAGCGACUGUACAGUCACAAAAUAAUAGUCAUAUUAAUUAGUGCUGAAGGAUAGUGUUAUUGUCAGUCAUUUUAACUUGAUUAUAUGUACAUGUAUGUUGUAAUUUUUGUAGAUAAGAAAGUGAUUGCCUUAAUUUGCUAUUUUGACUGAGAUAGAUUUUUAAGCUGAAAUGUAUCAUGUAAAGGUCUUUAUUUGAUGCGGAUUAGGAAAGUUAUUUUGGGAAAAAAAACAGACUGGAAACACAGAACUUAGAAAUCUUUUAUCUAUAAAGGCUUUCAAAUGAGCUUGUUCAAAUUAGAAUUAAGUUUUAAUGAGGAAAACCUGGGUGAUCUUUUCCAGCUCUUGUAAAAUUUGCAGAUUAGAAUUUUACCUAAGGGUAAAUGAUAUUUUUAUAUCAGUAUAUUUGUAGAAGCUUCCUUCAGUACAGGGCUCCUAAAUUGACUUAAUUACAAGUCAUCCAGUUUCAUACCAGCCACAAAGAAGAACUAGUAAUCAGUUCUUGAGGAUUAAAGGGUUUUAAAUCAAUCAAAAAGAAACAAAGGAUGAAUGUGGAUAGAGAUGAUUGAAACAGAUUAUGAUGACACUCUGGAAAUAUUUUAGGUUAUAACUUUUCAAGAUGCUCAAAUGGUGACAUGUAUUGUCCUUUUGUUGUUUAGGCCAACAGAUGGUUCCUUGUAAAACUGUUUAGAUCUUAAAUUACUUACUCAAGAAGCUAUCCUGAAUUGUUUAGGGUUUUAACUAGACAAAAGUUGUCCCAAAAAUUAUCUCCCAUUUAUCAUGUUUAAGAAUUGCUGUGCCAAAUGUACCACAUUUUGAUGUCAUCUGUGUUCUACUACUGAACAGUGGCAUGGCAAUGUGGAAUCUAUUUGCUUUAUAUGAUACUAGAAAAUGUUGUAGAUUAUCUUCUGUUGACCACUGUAGUAGCAUGUGAAACCCCAAAGAUGAAUCAUUUUAGUUAACUGCAGACUUGUGCAUUCAAACCUAUGGAAAGUAUUUGGCUUAUUGACUCUCAGUCUGAUCUAAUUAUUUUCAUUCUUUUCACAGAAUGAAACAGUUAGUACUUCUCUCACUAGAUUAUAUAAAUGAAAAGAUAUUGCAUAAAAAAGUCUUCUUUUUAAAAUACUGUUUCCAAAGACAUAUUUGGAUGAUGCAGCAAUUUUACAGCAUGAAAAUAAUGGUUUGCAGAUGUAAGAGAAGAACACCAACCUAAUUUAGAUACAAAGCCCCUGCUUUCUGUAGGCAAGGACAGUUCUGUGUAUUUUACAUCGAAUUCUGCAUAGUUCAAUUUUUACUGAGUAAAUUUUCAUUUUAAAAUGGCCAACAUUGAGCUGAGCAAUAUCAAAUUCCACAAAUUUUAGGAUCUGUAAUGUUAUCUUGAUGUGAUAUCAUCAAUCUUUAAAGUUUAUGCAAAAAUUAAAUGUUAUUUUUAGACACCACAUGAAAUGAUCUAUACAUGCAUAUGUUCAUAUAUUGUAAAACUGAACAAUAUUUUAGAGUUCAGUUAUAUACGUGCAGAGAUUUUCACUAUAUUGGUCUACACUCAAAUUUAAUCUAUGUGUUAAACAAGAAGCAGUAUCAGUUAUGAUUAUCAUGAUUGUGGAUUGUUGGUGUGCCAUGUAGUAGUGAAUUGUACUUGAUAAGGAAAUAAUUCAUGUUUGCCUGAAUUGUAAUUUUAUAUUACUUCUGUAAUUAAUAAGGAAUGGAUAGGAAUUACUACACUGACAAUAACUGAAUAAAGAAAAGGAUUUUUUAAGCAAUGUUGCUAGAAAUGUGUAUGGUGUAUUGUUAAAAGGCUGUUAUCUAGUGUUAAAUUUGCCCAAUAAAUAUAAUUAAUUACCAAAUAAUGUAAUAAUGGCAUUAGCAGACUAUUUGAAAGUUUACAGCCUUUAUGAUACUAGCGCAGUCUGUUUUUUCUUUAAUUUAUCACAGUUUUCUUUAUGGUCUUGCUGUAGGUGGAUGUUGCC